AGAAAACGGGGUAAUGCCGAGGAGGUGGGCAAAGCUUUGAACCAACCUGUUUUUUCUCAACAGUAGACACGAGGCACUGCCGUAAAGCAUUGGCCUCCCUCUUUUCUCUCUUUCUCUUGAAGACUUGAACAAACUUUCAAAGCUUCAUUGUAUAAAUAUUCAGCUAUAGAUCAAACGCAGCUUUAGGAUCAGUGCUUACACACAUCCUAUCUCUCUUAUAUUAGUACUCAAUAGCUUUUUCUGUGUCUACACUCUUCUCCCACAACAAAGAUGAGCGAAGCAGAUGAAAAUGCAGCUAAGGAAGUCGAAGCUUCACGUCAACCAGUCCCCCGUCUGAAUGAGAGGAUUCUUUCAUCUUUGUCAAGGAGAUCAGUUGCUGCACAUCCUUGGCAUGAUCUUGAGAUUGGACCUGGAGCUCCACAUGUUUUCAACUGUGUUGUUGAGAUAACAAAAGGUAGUAAGGUCAAAUAUGAACUCGACAAGAAGACCGGAUUGAUUAAGGUUGAUCGGGUUUUAUAUUCUUCAGUGGUCUAUCCUCACAACUAUGGUUUCAUCCCUCGAACACUAUGUGAAGACAAUGAUCCCUUGGAUUGUUUGGUUAUCAUGCAGGAGCCAGUUCUUCCUGGAUGUUUUCUGCGAGCCAGAGCCAUUGGACUGAUGCCCAUGAUUGACCAGGGAGAGAAAGAUGAUAAGAUCAUUGCAGUUUGUGCUGAUGAUCCAGAGUACAAACAUUACACUGAUAUCAAGGACCUCCCCCCUCACCGUCUCUCGGAGAUCCGCCGUUUCUUUGAAGACUACAAGAAAAACGAGAACAAGGAGGUUGCGGUCAAUGACUUUUUACCUUCAACUGCAGCAUUUGAAGCAAUCCAGUACUCGAUGGACCUUUAUGCCGAGUACAUUAUGCACACCCUGAGGCGAUAGGCUCACAAGCUAUUGACCUUCAAUUCUCCAUUUAUUCUUGGAGGGAAAUGCGUCAUAUUAAAUAAGACAUCUUACCAACAGCAGUUGAAUAAGAAUGACUGCUUUUUUGUUAUUCGGAUGAUUAUAAUUGCUUGUUGGAUUAAACCAUCUUGUGGGGAGAAAUGAUAAACGGAAUGCUAGCAUGUGAUUUUGUCUUUGUGCAGAUCACAGCCCAAUUUUUUUCUCCAAAGCAAUUCUAUACUGCAUUAAGAUAGCUCGACAGGCUUACUACUAAAUUUUUGCA